AGGGUAAAAUGGGAAAGCAAGAAGGAAACAAAAGAAAGAAGAGAAUCAGAGAGACAGUGGUUGGUUGUUCCUUCUGCUUCUUCCCUCUUCGUUCUUUCUUUUUCUUUCUCCUCACACCACACAAACCAAACCCCUCUCAACACUCCACCCUCACUCCCUCACUCCCUCUCCGGGUCAAUGACCCACGCCCGAAAGCCCACCAAGCCCAACCACCAGCCCCACCAGGCCCACAACCCUUCAUUCUCCACCACCGGCAUGAAACUCAUCGUCCCUCUCCAGGGCGUCGUCCAGGGCCGCGGUGGCCUCCUCCUCGGAACCCUCGUCCCCUGCGCCCUCUUCUACUUCCUCCAGCUCUACCUCAAACGACGCCGUUCCAACUCCUCCCCUCCCUCCCCCUCCUCCGAGCCCACCCUCCCCCGCACCUCCUCCCGCUCCAAUUUGUCCACACGUGGCUCCAUUUCCCGGGUCCGCCUCUCCAAGCUCGCCACGCAGAUUUCCCGCCCCGACCACUCCCUCUACUACGUCGGCUUGGAGAGGGUUUCGCGAGAUCCCUACCACGUCCUUCACAAUCCCAAUGGGAUUAUUCAGUUGGGAUUGUCGGAUAACACGCUGUGCUUCGAUUUGAUAGGGGAAUGGGUGGCGCGGAACUUGGAGGGCACGAUGGGUGGCGGUGUUGAUUUGGGUAUCAAUGGGAUUGCGCCGUAUCAGACGUUUGAUGGGGUGAUGGAAUUGAAAAUGGCCCUGUCAGAUUUUAUGCAUCAGGUGAUGGGGGAAUCAGUAAAAUUUGACCCAUAUAAUAUGGUUCUAACAGCUGGAGCAACUCCUGCAAUUGAGAUAUUGUCCUUCUGUUUGGCAGACCACGGGAAUGCAUUCCUUGUCCCUACACCAUAUUAUCCAGGAUUUGACAGGGAUGUAAGAUGGCGUCCAGGGGUAGACCUAAUACCUGUUCAUUGUCGCAGUACUGACAAUUUCAAUCUAAAUAUCACUGCUCUUGAUCAAGCAUUUAGUCAAGCAAGAAAACGAGGAGUCAAAAUUCGUGGAAUUCUAAUUUCCAACCCUUCAAAUCCCGUUGGCAAUAUUUUGACACAAGACAUGCUAUACAGUCUUCUGGACUUUGCUGAAGACAAAAACAUUCAUAUCAUUGUUGAUGAAGUAUUUGCAGGCUCCACGUACGGACGUGAGAAGUUCGUGAGUCUAGCUGAAGUUCUUCUUGAUUCAGAUAUAGACAAGAGUCGGUUUCACAUAGUAUAUGGCCUGUCAAAAGACCUCUCUCUUGCCGGAUUUAGAGUUGGGGUUAUAUGUUCAUUCAACGAAAGUGUUUUGGCUGCUGCCAAGAAGUUGACCAGAUUUUCCACUAUAUCUGCUCCGACCCAGAGGUUAGUUACUUCAAUGCUUUCAGAUAAAAGAUUUAUUCGGGACUAUUUAGAAAUCAACCGAACAAGAAUACGACAACUGCAUGCUGUAUUUGUGGAUUGUUUAAGUAAACUAGGAAUAAAGUGUGCCAAGAGCAGUGCUGGUAUGUUCUGUUGGGCUGAUAUGAGUGGAUUGAUCCGACCAUAUAGUGAAAAAGGGGAAAUUGAGUUGUGGGAGAAGUUUUUAAGUAUUGCUAAGAUCAAUAUAACUCCUGGAUCAGCCUGCCAUUGCAUAGAACCAGGAUGGUUUCGAAUUUGUUUUACUACCAUAACAUUAGAGGAGGCCCCUCUGGUUAUUGAACGAAUUAGGAGAGUUGUUGAAAGUUGUAAUUCUUCUAGUUGAAGUUUCAUUAUUUUCAUUGACGUUUACGGUUAGUGCUGAUGUUGCAGUUUAAAAUUUUUGGAAAGGAAUAUACAUCUCUAGUUAUCAACUUCAGCUUAUAACGCCAAGUCUCAACAGAGUAACAUCAAAGUUUGCAACUAGAGUUUGGUUUAGUGUAAGAUUGGUUUUGGCCUGGGAAACUACUCUUUAGGCUUUCUUUUAAUAAACAUACCCAGGGCAGUUUCAGUCUUGGAAAGAACUAAUUAUUGAGUAGUCCUUCAUUAUGCCACUGGUUUUUAAGGUGCAUACAAUCUUCAAGAGGUAUUUUUCUCAUGAUUUUGUGCGCAUUUCUUGGAGGAAGAAAGUGUAAAAAUUAGUUUUAAAUGUACUUUUGUACAAUGGAUGGCAUAUCCAUGUGGCAGUGUACCUUUGAAAGGGAAUUCAGUUUUGAUAUAAAUUUUCAGAAAUUUAUGGAUGUUCAAAUGAAUGUAAAUCUCAACUUUCCUAUCAAGAGAUGUUAGAAAGGAGUAUAACUUUGGA